AUGUCGACUUUUUCUGAUGUUUGUUUUGUCUAUGUCAGAACGGUUACAUUUUAUGGGGAUACAGCUAAUAAAGUCGUUGGGUUACUCUCUGACAAUUGUGCAUGCAAAACAGUCAAAGAAAAACCACCAAAGAAAAUAGUUAAUGAAGAAGAUGAUGAUGAUGAAGAGGAGGAGGAUGAUGAACCCCAAUCUUCAUGCACAAUAACAAAACCAACUGACUGUGGUGAUCUGGACAAAUCAAAUUGUAAAAGUGGAAUUUACAAGAUCUUUCCGGAUAAAACGUCUGGUUUCAAUGCUUUCUGUGAAAUGAAGAAACAUGGCGGGGGUUGGACUGUUUUUCAACGUAAAAUGAACGGAAAGACUAAUUUCUAUAGAGACUGGGCCACUUAUAAACAAGGAUUUGGUAACCAGAGUGAAGAAUUUUGGUUGGGAGAUUCAUUGACUUACCAUAAUGGACAGAAAUUCUCAACAAAAGAUAAGGAUAACGACUCAGGUGGAGAUCCAUGUGCAGUGAUGUACAAGGGAGGCUGGUGGUAUAAUUAUUGUCACUUUAGCAACCUGAAUGGGCCCUAUCUAAAAGGGAAACAUAAAUCAUUUGCUGAUGGGAUGGAAUGGAAAACCUGGAAGGGGUAUUACUACUCAAUGAAAGAAACAGUCAUGAUGAUCCACAAAGCCUAG